AAGGCCCCGUACGACUCCCCUCUACAACCUGUAAUGACCACCAAUGCUAGAGCUACCAUUCGAAUCCUUUCAGAAAGUAGAAACCAUACCAUUCGCAGAAGGUGACCACCGCCCGCUUUCAAUCCGAGGUUCAAAUAAAUCUUGUUAUCAAAGAAAAUCCAAGCACGAAAGGUACCUGAUGCGGCGAUGCACCUCCUCGUCGCUCGAUUUAAGCGGCGCAGAUUGCUGUACCCUUCCGCGGAAAAAUAGUUCGCGAGGCUUGGGCCGCGACCAGUCUCCAAGCUUCCCUCCUUUCCCGCAUGCGCCCUUCCUCCCUCGAUCCCUCCACCUUGGUUUUAGGCGUCGCAUCUCUCAGGGCUUAAGCCGUCGCCGACUUCCACGAGAUCGCCGGCGAUGUGGACGCUCACGGGACGGCGGGGGAGACCGCGGCCCGCGCUCGGUUUCAGGGACGCGUCCACCGCGGCGAUGGCAUGCCGAGCCGUGGUACUGCCACGGUUGGGCGGGCCGGAGGUCCUCGAGGUGCGCUCGGCCGUCGGAGUGCCCAACCUCAAGCCGCGGGAUGUGCUCGUCCGUGCCCGCGCCGUCUCCAUCAAUCCGUUAGACUUCAGAAUGCGAUCUGGUUAUGGACGAUCCAUUUUUGAACCACUUCUACCACUAAUUUUGGGUCGUGAUAUUAGUGGUGAAGUCGCAGCAGUUGGUUCUUCUGUUUCAUCCCUUACUGUUGGGUGUGAUGGUUUCGGUGCACUGCAUCCAACAGCUGUGAGAGGCACUUAUGCUGAUUAUGCUAUUCUCUCUGAAGAUGAACUAACAAUAAAACCAUCUUCAGUGACACGUGGUGCUGAUAAUAAUGAGUGUUAUCAAGUAGGUCUUUUGGCUUUGAUGGUACAAAUGGUGAAGCUGCAGGGUGCAGUGUGUCAACCACAUGUGGAAGUAAGAGCAUUGAUCGAGUUCUUGAAGUCGGUGCUGAGCAAGCUGUUGAUUACUGCUGAGGAUAUUGAAUCAGCAAUCAAAGAGCAAUUUGAUGUUGUUCUAGACACAAUAGGAAUCCCUGAAACUGAAAGAAUUGGGAUUAAUCUUCUGAAGAAAGGUGGACACUAUAUGACACUGCAGGGAGAAGCAGCAUCCUUAGCUGACAGGUAUGGGUUGGCUAUUGGCCUUCCUGCUGCUAUGGCUAUUUUACUAAAGAAGCAAGUACUAUACCGCUGUUCUCAUGGAAUAGAGUAUUGGUGGACAUACAUGAGGGCUGAUGCUGAAGGUCUAGAUGAGAUCCGCAGACUAUCGGAAGCUGGAAAGCUGAAGAUACCAGUGGAAAAAACAUUUCCAAUCACCCAAGUCAGAGAAGCUCAUGAGGUAAAAGAUAAAAGGCUCGUUCCUGGUAAGGUGGUUCUGGAAGUUGACUGAAAUCCAGCAACACUUAUAUUCGGAAUAAAUGCAGAAAAAUGGAUUUGUAGAUAUAAAUAAUUUCUUAGCUUUCUCCCCUUACCACAACAGCAACCUUCCUAUGGCUUUUCUCCCUUCAAUUCUCAAACAACCAUAAUCUCUCUUUCCAUGUUGGAAUCUGAGAAUCCAAGGUGUUCGAAAAAUAGAACAAUCCUAAUAGGUCAGCAUCGAUGAGGAAUAUCAAUUCAUUUGUAGCACAGUCAAUUGUUAAUUCAGAACUUGUAUCCUUGUUGUCUGCAUUACUUUGAUUGUACAUAGAAAGAACUGAAGUGUCCAUUCCUUUCAUUUUUGUUUAUAAAUUUCUAUUGAUUUGUA